GAGCUAGUAAUUCAUCAUUUUGCCUAGCAAUAGCCUCAUUCUUGUUGGAGCAUAUUUCAGUGCCAAAAAUGAGCCACGGAUAUUCGGAGAACAAUAACUUUCCAUAUGACAACAAUCAAAUGGUUUUGGAUAUGAUCCUCUGCUCUUUAUUUGGGGUCCCUCAACCCAUCAACUGGGACAAUGUGGCAAGGCUGGUUCCAGGCUAUUCAUCCAAAGAGUGUGCAAAAAGGUUUGAUGAACUGAAAAACAGUGGAAGUUCUCCGGUUGAUAACCAAUACAACCCACUGAUGGCCAGUGGUGGGAGCCCUGUGGAAACACUUGCGAGUUAUAUCAAAUCGUCACUUCUUGAUGCCCAGGAAGAGUUACAAGAACCUCCUAGUGAAAAUGAUGCAAUUUCCGUGAAUGGCAGGCCAAGUGUAGCUUCCUCAAGGAAUUGCUCUUCAGAAAGUGAAAAAUGCCCUGCACAUAAAAGUGGAGAAAAUGCUGAUGAAACACAAGGGCCAAAUAUGGUGAUCCAUGUAUGUGAUGAAGCAAAAAAUCUGAAGGAAGAUUUUGUUUGUCCACGAGAUCUAUUGGUUUCUGAAAUGAAGUACUUUGCUGAAUAUCUAUCAGUGGAUGCCCAACGCUGGGAAGAGGUGGACAUUUCAGUUCACUGUGACGUUCAUAUCUUUAACUGGUUGAUAAGAUAUGUUAAAAGGAACACUAAGGAGAAUGAGGUGCAUGAAAUACCUACUUUAGAGCCAAGCAAUGUCAUCUCAAUUCUCAUUUCCUCCGAGUUCCUGAAGAUGGAUUCUUUAGUGGAAAAAUGUAUUCAUUAUUGCCACAAGAACAUGAGUGCUAUAAUCGCGACGCCAUGCAACAUGAACUGCAUCAGCGCUAACCUCUUAACUCGCAUAGCAGAUCUUUUUACACACAGUGAACUGGAAGAGGUAAAGGACAAGAGAGAUAAAUUCAAGAGCAAACUUUUCUGUAAGAAGAUAGAGCGAUUAUUUGAUCCAGAGUACCAGAGUCCCGACUCUCAGGGAAGUGCAGCAACCCUGUACAGGUGCUGUUUAUGUAAGAAACUUCUGAUUAAAGACACUGAAAGAAGGAUCCCAUGUGUUCCAGGGAAGAUCAGUGUAGAUCAGCAUGGAAAUAUUAUCUAUGUCCACAUAAGAGAUAAAUCUUGGGAUAUCCAUGAGUACUUGCUAAGUCUUUUUGAAGAACUAAAAUCUUGGCGAGAUGUAUACUGGCGCCUUUGGGGAACUGUCAAUUGGCUGACCUGUUCAAGAUGCAAUCAAACUUUCUUGUGCACUGAAUUCUCACAUUGCCAGUAUCACCCUCAGCUGGUUCUCUACCCUGCUAUGACAAGUGUCCGUGGUUCAACUGGCAUGGGAAUAUAUCCCUGUUGCAACCAAAAGGUUCUUAGGUUUGAUCCGGCUCCUCUUCUGAAAGGAUGCAAAGUGCGGGAUCACAUGAUUGGCUUGCCUGCUGGAGGUGAAGGUGGGGAUGCUGUGCCCUAUAAGACUGCUAAAAUAUUGAAUGAUCUGAUUCAGCACAGAAAUGUCAUUGUUGUGCCUUUUUCAAAAGACCAAAAUAGCGAUUCUGGAAUUGGACUGAGUGAUGAGAAGGGGAUUGAAUGUGAUGUGCUGUUGGAACCAAAUGCACCAUGGGGCCCCAAAACAGGAGAAAUUAAUGCUUUCCUUUCUUUGAAAAACUGGACCCUCCAGCUGAAACAACAAUUGCUGCUUUCGGAGGAUGAUGAAUACACCACUGGCUCUGAGGUCACAGAAGAUGAAGUAGGCGAUGAGGAAGAAAUGUGCAAGAAACCAAGAAGAAAAGAGAGGCCAAAGAAAUUUAUCAAACAUCCAAAGAAACAAGUGUCUUCACCCAGUGUCCAAAAGAAAGAAAAGACCCUGGAGAAGUCUAAUUCUCGAGACGUAUCUCCUUUUAUUGUGAGCACGCAAUACAGUAAGUGGGAUGCUUCCAGAUCACUUAGAUUCAAUCAAGAUGCUCAAAGAGAAGAAGAUCAGCGGAGGAUGGUCGAGAUCACUGGGCACCUAGUAAAAAUGAGGCUGGGGGAACUCGACUCGUCAAAAUCAAAAGAAAACAAAGAAUCUGCAGCUGGAAUUUAUGCAAGGCUUGAAGCUCAGAUCAGGGCAUCAGCACAAGGCAACACUCGCCAGAACAUCCCAGAAAAAAAUACAAGGACCAAAACCCGCUUUGGCCAAGGCCGUCUGACAUAA